CGCCCACGCGUUCUCCCUUCCCUGGACUCCUCUCGGCGGGUGGAGAGAGAGAGAGGCGCCGAAGAGGCAACGCCGCAACGGGAGGUGGGAAGAAGACAACAACUCAGCACGGGUGGUGGACGAUAGGAGAGGACGGCGCGAGACUUCACCGUGCCGGCGAGUCGGGGUGACUUUUCGACGGCCGGAGAUGCGACCGUCGGGACUCGAGGGGAAACGCAAUUCGGGCUCGGGUUCGGGGGCGGCUCCCGUGACAGCGGCCGCCACCUGAGCAGGAUGUUCAACUGGAACGACGAGCAUCAGCAGGUAGGGGAUGCAAUAUGGGCUGAGUUCAAUGAGAGUGAAGACCAUAUUGUGCCUUACCCUAAAGGUGCAGAAGAUAGUAUGUUAGUUAGUGUUGGAGAUCAAAAGAACAAUGAUGAAGACACAGUGAGUAUUGCGGGCAUUACUGAACAUUCUGCAGGUGGUCAAACUGAACUUCAAGGGAUGGAAAAGCAGCAUGCAAAUCAGACAAGUGCACAUUUUUCAGCUACACGACUUGACAUGGAAUCCUGGGCUGACCUACCUUCUCUCAAUCCUGCACUUGAUAGAAACUAUAGCGAUGAUAACAUAGCAUCCACAUAUCUGGAUUUCAGUGCUGAGCCCAGUUUACAGAAAGUGACAGGAAAUGCUACAGUGCAGCUGGAUGGUGAACCUGAAAUGUUUGGUAAUGAUCAUGAAGGGAAGAGUAGCACCUUCCUUGAUUGCGACUGGGGUAAUAUUGGUGACUUCGAUGAUUUUGACCGUCUAUUUUGCCAUAGUGACUCCAUAUUUGGUAAUGAGAUGGUUGCCAAUGCCAGUGAUUUUUUUUCUGCAUCUUCGGAAUUGAUGGAUAAUCCUGUGCAAUCAAUCCCAAUUCCACAAGUACCAUUGAAUAAACAACCAUCAUCUGAUCAUGGGCCUUCUUCGCUUUUGACUAAUAAAAUUUCCAGUGGCAUUACCAAACAAGAAAACAAGGUAGCAGAUGCUAAUGCUAAAUCUGGAGAGCAAGUUGAGAGCAAAAAUCAUCUGACUUGCAAAUAUUCUGGCAAACCAAACCAGUUCUUGCAGGAGGGAGAUAUGCAGAAGAGACCAGCGAGGUCACGCAGAAAACAGGAGGGAAGGGGCAAAAUUAAAAUAUCCAGCGAUACAAGUGGCUUCUUCCAGAGCAAAGUACAGAAUGCAUUAGCCAAUUUGCAAGCUCCUAUGCAACCUGUCCAGACUCCUCAAUAUGCACUGUUCCAGGAUAGCAAGAACAUGGGGCCAGCAAAGCAUUCUAAUCAGUUUAUUUUUCCUGGAUAUGGGUAUUCAGCAUAUCCGUUUCCUACCAUUCCAUUAGUGUCAAACGUUCAAGUUGAAGAACAUCAGAUAAAAUCACCUGCCACAAGCUACCAAACUUCAGCAGAUUCUCCAAAACAUGCAAGUUCCAAAGAAAAGUGCCAAGACAUACCAUCAAGGCCACUGAGGAUGACACCACAAGAAAAGAUUGAAAAGCUUAGGCGCAGGCAGCAAAUGCAAGCACUGAUAGCUAUUCAGCAACAACAGCAACAAUUUGGUCACGAGGGUUCUGGCAGUGAUACAAUUGUACCUCAAGCAUACUCCACAAGGAACAAAAAUCCAGAUUCUUUAGGGAGCUCAAUUGUCAUAGAUGAAAACACAAAUAAGGUCUUUUCGCCUGAGAUGAUGCCAACUAGAUAUGAUGAGGUUCACAAAAGUUCUGCAAUUUCAGAUGAUCCCUAUAUAGAGGAGAAAAUAUAUUAUCAACUUCAAGAUGCUCUUGGCAAGUUGGAUACCAAAACUCGACUAUGCAUUCGAGAUAGUUUGCAUCGCUUGGCCCAUAGUGCUACGGAGAGACAAAUUGCCGGUGACAGGAGUAGCACUAACAAGACUACUAAAGAUGAAGAUGAAGCUUUAGAACAUGACACAUCUACUAGGACGACAAGAUCUACUAAGGAAGCAGAAACAACCACAAAUCCAAUUGACCGAAUAGUAGCUCAUUUGCUGUUUAAUAGACAUUGCUCUAAGGUUGCAACAGCAACAAAAGAAGAAAUACCCUCAACUCGCUUGGCACUUGAACCUGAGUCAAAGGUACCCUUAACUCCUACUGUGCCAUCAGAAGAUCCAUGAAACGAACAAGAAAUGGUGUUGCAGCAGCCACAAUAUAAUAUUUACUCAAAUUUAAUUAAUAUCAUGAUUCCUUGUUUGCGUUUGGUGAGCCUAUGAAUAUAAAAACCAUCUUCUAAUGAGCAUGCAGAUGCUGAUCAAUGAACUGUUCAACGUCAACUUGAUAUUAAAUCAGUGGUGGUGGUGACAGCAAUAUGCUGAUCACCUGGGACUCUGUCUAUCAUUAUUUUGUGUACUAUGUAACACCGUUUCACCAUUGUAGUAUAUUUUUUCGCAUCCAGUAAGAAAUCUAUCUUAGGCCAA